CAUGUCCUCAGAGUGAGACCUCUUCCCUCCCUCUCUGAUCUUUAGCUAACACUAGCAUUAGCUCUCGUUUUGAAGACUCAGUUUUUUCACUCGACUCUUUACUGAGUUAAUUCUCUUAAAACCAUAACUUUCUUUACUCAACAACAACUUUUAGAGUCUAGUGUGAAUGUGGAGAUAAUCUGAGUGACUGGAUAGAAAAGUUAAAUCUGAUAAAAGCUGCUUUGGUUUGGUUUGCACAGGAAACAGAGAGGAUGAGUGGAGUCCAGCGGUCCUUGUUCUUCCUCGGUCUUCCCGACCUGAAGAAUCUGCUCUGUGUGACUCUGACACUAUUUGACGAGCAGCCGAGGAGCAAACAGAUCAAGACCUGCAGAGAGCUGGUGCUGCUGUACUCUGAUAUCCUGGCCUCUCCUGCUCUUGAGUCCUUCACUGAUAUCACUGUGGUCAUGGCAAUCCCAUUCUUCCAGAAAGGCGUCCUCCAGGCGUUUGGACAGAGACGUGGUCUGCAGCUGGGCUCUCCUCGGGGUGUGUUUGCAGGUGACCUCCAGUGCUGUCUGUCCUACUCUCUGAUCUCCAGACUGUCCCCCAGCUGGAACAAAGCAGGACUCUACCUCGUCUCAGGAAAGGACUUCCUGCGUGAGAGAGGGACGCAGAGCGCCGUCAGCAUGGAGCUGAGCACCACUGAGGGCCAACUGUGCAUCAGCAUCAACACACACACCGUCAGACUGUCCCCAACCACACUGGAGGACUUCCACCUCCCUCCUCUGGUGCUGCGGAGGUUCUGCAGUGAUCCCGACUCCGUCCUGGACCCGUCCUCCACCGGGGGAACCGUGUGGUGUCAUGUCCUGCCCAGCAUGAAGAAAGGUCAGAUUAUCACCAUCAGCCGUCAGCUGCCCAGAGACGGACCCUUCAGAACCUACACAGACCUGCAGAACCACUGGAACAGCCUGUACGGCUACCGACUCCCUGAGCUCCCAGAGGCCGAGCGGGUGUACUGCAGCGUUUACUUCCGGCUGCUGGGAGAGACUCUCUUCACUUACCCUCUGAGCUGCAUCCGCCUGCAGCCGGCACAGUGCUGCCCCCGGGGCGACCUGCAGGGGGCGCUGGGCUCCUUCCUGUCUGACGUCAGGGACCGGGUGCACAGUGUGUGUGGCUUCCCUGCACGCCUGACCAGGAAACCCUGUUACCACACCACCAGUCUGAACAGUGCUGCAUCUGCACAGGUGCAGAGUGGUGAACAGGUCAACCUGACCACCUCCUCCUCCUCCGUCAGGCCCGCCCUCACCCAGCUCCCUCCUCCUCCUCCCAGACCAGUGGGACCCUCCUUCAGGUCGCAGCCAGCAGCCUGGCCCCCCCGCUCCCAGCAGGACAGAGCUCUGGGGCUUCUGGGUAAUGGGCGUGGAGUCAGGAGCAGUUUGACUCAGAGUCAAGAGAGAAGAGGAGAUGGAGACUCGCUUUCAUCUCUGUUCUCCUGUUCUGAUGUAGCUCCUCCCCUCUUCUCCACCUCCUCCUCCUCUUCUCCUCCACUCUUUCAGCAAGCUCCUCCCCUCUUCUCCACCUCCUCCUCCUCUUCUCCUCCACUCUUUCAGCCAGCUCCUCCCCUCUCCUCUUCCUCUUCUCCUCCACUCUUUCAGCCAGCUCCUCCCCUCUUCUCCACCUCCUCCUUAUCUUCUCCUCCACUCUUUCAGCCAGCUCCUCCCCUCUCCUCUUCCUCUUCUCCUCCACUCUUUCAGUCAGCUCCUCCCCUCUCCUCUUCCUCCUCUUCCUCCUCUAUCAAACUCUUUCAGCCAGGUUCAUUCCUCACCCCUCCCUCCCUCUUCUCUUCCACUUCUCGUCUACUCUUUCAGCCAGCUUCAUCCCUCUCCUCUUCCUCCUCUUGGUCCACCUCCUCCUCCUCAGUUCCCCCCCCUCUUCCUCCCCCGAUAAGCCCUGCCCCUAAACUGGUUCCCAUCUUCAUGAACAAGCACCCAUCACGUCACCUCCAUGUUGCCCAGCUGAGGGCCCAGAAGCAGAGGGAGCAGCUGGGUGGAGGAGGGGAGGAGAGGAGGAGGCUGACCCUACCGGCCUUCAGGAGGAACACACCUGCCUCUGCUCCUCCUCCUUUUUUUCCAUCCCUUCCAGUUCCUCCUCCGCCAACCGUUCCUCGCUUCAUCUGGCGCCCCGAACCCACCGGCAGCACCGCUCCUCCGGCCUCGGCUCCGCCCACAAUCAGGCACUUGUCCAGCCUGAGUCCCGGGCCGAGGUCCAGACCCGGGCUCGUCCUCGCUCCACACACAGAGACGCAGAACAAACCCAAGUCCGGCUCGGGAACCCACCUGGUGGCCGGAGCUGAGAACAGCCGUCAGCAGCAGGAAGAAGCAACUCAACCCCCAGAGGCUGCAGAGGCUCCUCCCCCUCUGACCACCGCUGAUAAGGACGGAGAGAAGAAGAGCAGAGCGAGAGUUCGGUUUGAAAAAAACCCAAAGACGUCCAAGAGAGGUCUGAUUCAGGACGUGGAUGUGGAGACACUGGCCCGAGGCAACCAGUUGUUCAAAGUGAACUCUCCGACGCUGGUGCUGUGGUUGAAGGGACGAGGAGUGAUGGUCGGCGCCCGACUCAGGAAGGAGGAGCUGAUGCUGAGGGUCAUGAGCUGCCUGGCUGAGGCCUGAGAGACACACACACACACACACACACACAC